AUGCCUUUCGCCAAGCGGAUCGUGGAGCCGCAGUGGCUGUGCCGGCAGCGACGCCCGGCGCCUGACCCGGCGGAGGACGCGAUCGGAGGCAGCGCAGAACCGCCGCCGCCGCCCCUGCAGCUGCCCGGCCGACGGGACGAGGCCGUGGCGCCGGGGCCAGAGGAGCCUCCCCGCGCACCCCCCGCGCCUCCGGGGCCGCCGCUGCCCGCGCCAACCGACCAGGCGCCGCCACCGCACGGAGAGGCGCCCGCGGCGGGUGAGGAGAGCGUGGCAGGGGUCCUGGAGGCGGCGUCUGUGGCUGGCGAGGCGUCCUCAGCGGCAGCCACCGCGGUGUUGCUCAUGCUGGACCUGUGCGCGGUCAGCAACGCGGCGCUGGCCCGCGUCCUCCGGCAGCUCUCGGACGUGGCCCGGCACGCGUGCAGUCUCUUCCAGGAGCUCGAGAGCGACAUCCAGCUCACCCACCGUCGCGUCUGGGCGCUGCAGGGCAAGCUCGGCGGCGUGCAGCGCGUGCUCGGCACGCUGGACCCCAAGCAGGAGGCAGUGCCUGUCUCCAACCUGGACGUCGAGAGCAAGCUGAGCGUAUACUAUCGUGCACCGUGGCACCAGCAGAGAAACAUCUUCCUCCCGGCCACCAGGCCGCCCUGCGUGGAGGAGCUGCACCGCCAGGCCCGGCAGAGCCUGCAAGCCCUGCGCAGAGAACACCGGAGCCGGAGCGAUCGUCGGGAGCAGAGAGCUGCUGCACCCAUCUCGGUAGCAGCUCCUCCGCUGCCCGCCUACCCCCCGGCCCACAGUCAGAGGAGACGCGAAGCCAAGGACCGGCACUUCUUAACGUUUAACAGCACCCGUUCGCCCUCCCCCACUGAAUGUUGCCACAUGACCCCAUGGAGUAGAAAGUCCCAUCCCCCAGAGGAUGAAGAUACAGAUGUCAUGUUAGGGCAAAGGCCGAAAAACCCAGUACACAAUAUCCCCUCAACACUGGACAAGCAGACCAACUGGAGCAAAGCACUGCCUCUUCCGACGCCAGAGGAAAAGAUGAAACAAGAUGCCCAAGUGAUUUCUUCCUGCAUUAUUCCCAUCAACGUCACUGGAGUCGGUUUUGACAGAGAGGCUAGUAUACGCUGCUCUCUUGUUCAUUCACAAUCUGUGCUACAGCGGAGACGAAAACUGAGGAGGAGGAAAACCAUUUCGGGUAUCCCCAGGAGAGUCCAACAAGAAAUAGAUUCUGAUGAAUCGCCCGUGGCCAGGGAAAGGAAUGUGAUUGUGCACACAAAUCCAGACCCUUCCAACACUGUCAACAGGAGGUCUGGAACCAGGGACUCAGAGUGCCAAACUGAGGAUAUUCUGAUUGCUGCUCCAUCCAGAAGAAGAAUCAGAGCUCAAAGGGGUCAGAGCAUUGCAGCUUCUCUUUCUCAUUCUGCUGGCAACAUUUCUGCACUGGCAGACAAAGGUGACGCCAUGUUUACUACUGCAGUGAGCAGCCGCACGAGAUCUCGGAGCCUUCCCAGGGAGGGCAACAGAGGUGGGGAUGCUGAGCCCAAAGUUGGUGCUAAACCCUCAGCAUAUGAAGAAGGGGAGCCUUUCGUGGGAGACCAAGAAAGAACCCUUCCCGAUUGCAGUGAGGCCCCCAACAGCCCCAGUGCACAGGAGCACCAGCCUGCUUUGAGCCUGGCCUGUUCUCAACAUCUGCACAGCCCCCAGCACAAGUUAAAUGAGAGAGGGAGGUCUCGUCUGUCGCGGAUGGCGGCCGAUUCUGGCAGCUGCGACAUCUCCUCCAACUCGGACACCUUUGGGAGCCCCAUCCACUGCAUUUCUACAGCUGGCGUCCUCCUCAGCAGCCACAUGGACCAGAAAGAUGACCACCAGUCAUCCAGUGGCAACUGGAGCGGGAGCAGCUCCACAUGCCCCUCACAGACCUCAGAGACAAUCCCUCCUGCAGCUUCGCCUCCCCUCACUGGCUCUUCACACUGUGACUCGGAGUUGUCACUCAACACGGCCCCUCAUGCUAGCGAGGACACCAGUGUCUUCGUGACAGAGCAGUACAACGACCAACUGGAGAAAGUGAGAGGCCACCGGACAAACUCCUUUACCUCCACGGUGGCAGACCUGUUGGACGACCCCAACAAUAGCAACACGAGCGAUAGCGAGUGGAAUUACCUACACCAUCAUCAUGACGCCUCCUGCCGCCAGGAUUUUAGUCCUGAGCGUCCUAAGGCAGACAGCCUGGGCUGCCCAAGCUUCACGAGCAUGGCCACUUAUGACAGCUUUCUGGAAAAGUCUCCGUCGGACAAAGCCGACACCAGCUCUCACUUUUCAGUGGACACAGAAGGAUACUACACCUCCAUGCACUUUGACUGUGGUCUCAAAGGCAGUAAGAAUUAUGUCUGUCACUAUGCAGCCCUGGGCCCGGAGAAUGGCCAGGGCAUUGGGGUUCCUCCUGCACUUUCAGACUGCGCCUGGCAGGACUACUUAGACCACAGGAGGCAGGGGAGACCAAGCAUCUCUUUCAGGAAACCAAAGGCAAAGCCAACUCCACCUAAACGUAGCUCAUCAUUGAGGAAGUCUGACGGAAAUGCAGACACUUCUGAGAAGAAAGAACCAAAGACAAGCAGUGGCCAGCUCCUGCCUCACAGUUCCAGGGAAAUGAAGCUGCCUCUCGAUUUCUCCAACACACCUUCUCGAAUGGAAAAUGCCAAUCUUCCCACCAAGCCAGAACCUUCGUGGAUGAACCAGAAUGAACAUGGUAUUAAGGAACCUCAGUUAGACACUCCAGAUGUUCCACCAUUCAAAGAUGAAGGUGCUGAAUCAACUCACUAUGCAGAUCUCUGGCUUCUAAAUGACUUGAAAACAAAUGACCCUUACAGAUCUUUAUCGAAUUCAAGCACUGCUACGGGUACCACUGUUAUCGAAUGCAUUAAAUCUCCAGAGAGUUCUGAAUCCCAAACAUCCCAGUCAGAAUCUAGAGCCACCACCCCCUCCCUUCCUUCUGUCGACAAUGAGUUUAAACUUGCUUCACCAGAAAAGCUGGCUGGCCUGGCAUCUCCAUCAAGUGGCUAUUCCAGCCAGUCCGAAACGCCAACAUCCUCUUUCCCUACUGCUUUCUUUUCUGGCCCAUUGUCUCCUGGAGGUAGCAAAAGAAAGCCGAAAGUCCCAGAAAGGAAAUCUUCCCUCCAGCAACCCUCUUUAAAAGAUGGUGCUCUGUCACUGAGUAAAGAUCUGGAACUUCCAAUUAUACCUCCUACCCAUCUUGACCUAAGUGCUCUUCAUAAUGUCUUGAACAAACCAUUCCACCACCGCCACCCUCUACACGUCUUCAGUCAUAAUAAGCAGAACACAGUAGGAGAAACUCUGAGGUCCAAUCCUCCACCAUCUCUUGCAAUUACACCCACGGUCCUGAAAUCAGUUAACCUUAGGUCCAUCAGUAAAUCUGAAGAAGUUAAGCAAAAAGAAGGCAACAACACAGAUCUCCCCUACCUGGAGGAAGGCACUGUCACCACAGGUAAGAUUAGGCCACACGUGAUGAAGAAAUCAUUACCAUGUCAGUACGCCACUGAAGAUACCAUCCUGUCCUUUUUAGACUCCUCUGCAGUUGAGAUGGGACCAGAUAAACUACAGUUAGAAAAAACACAUACUUUUGAUGUGAAGCAUCAUUGUGAUCCAGAAACAGUAACCUCAGCUGGUGGCAAUCUUCUAGAUUCAAGUGUCACAAGAGACCAAAUGCAUAUGGAGAGUGAGCCUGUUUCAGAAAACAAACCAAGUAAAAGUUGUGACUUUCUCACAGAAGGCUUUCAGAGGGUCUCUGCUGCUCGCCCAAAUGAUUCAGAUGGUAAGACACUGCAAUAUGGAGCUGGUCCGGAUGGAGCCCUAGCGCAGGUCCAGAAGUUGUCUUUUGUAGAUCGCGAGGAAGCUGCACCCCCAGAGUCUGUGGAUGUGCUCACACCUCAGUCAGACUCUCCAACUCGAGUCACAGACAUAGGCUAUCAACUUAAGCCUCAACUUGGGAUGAGCCACCACCAUGACAAAGUGCCUGGGAAUAUCAGCUCCGAAGUAGAGAUAUCAACUAUAAAUCCAUGCCCUGAAAAGUGUUCUGAGCAGGAAAAUAUUGCUUCAGGGAUUUCAGCCAAAAGUGCCUCUGAUAACAGCGGAGCAGAGGAGACCCAAGGAAGUGUGGAUGAGGUUUCGUUGAAAGAAUCGUCACCGAGUGAUGACUCUGUGAUUUCACCAUUAAGUGAAGACUCUCAGGCUGAAGCAGAAAGUGUGUUCGUGUCUCCCAACAAACCUCGAACAACUGAGGAUUUGUUUGCAGUUAUUCACAGGUCCAAGAGGAAAGUACUUGGAAGAAAAGAUUCUGGGGACAUGUCUGUCCGCAGUAAAUCGAGAGCUUCCCUGGGCAGCAGUAGCAGCAACAGCGCCGGUUCUGUCACCUCGCCCAACAGCAAUGUGACCACCCCAAACAACCAGAGGUCUCCUGGCCUCAUCUACCGAAAUGCCAAAAAGUCCAACACAUCCAAUGAAGAGUUUAAGCUGUUACUGCUGAAGAAAGGCAGUCGCUCAGAUUCCAGUUACCGUAUGUCUGCUACUGAGAUCCUGAAGAGUCCCAUCCUGCCCAAACCUCCUGGGGACCUCACCGCGGAGUCCCCCCAAAGCCCCCAUGAGGCCCAUCAGGGGUCACUGGGAACUGAAGCACUGUCUCCCCUCUCUCCGUGUUCCCCACGGGUUAACGCAGAAGGGUUUUCCUCGAAGAACUUUGCCACCUCGGCAUCGGCCAGGGUGGGACGUUCCCGGGCUCCUCCUGCGGCCAGCAGCAGCCGCUACAGUGUCCGCUGCAGGCUGUACAACGCGCCCAUGCAGGCAAUCUCCGAGGGUGAGACCGAAAACUCUGACGGGAGCCCGCAUGACGACCGAUCCUCCCAGAGCUCCACGUAGGCGACCCCGCCAGGCUGGCUAUCCAAGGCCAAAACCUUACUCAUGAGGAUGGAGGAACAAAACGGAAGACGUGGGACAAGUCAGCAUGUGGUGGGGUCCCAUUACGUUUACCAACGAGUUCCUAAAUAUUUGCUGGCGAAAUGGAAGGUGGUUCGGUCUUUCUUAUUUUCCAUGUUUUUCAGUAGCUGCACUGUCUUUCAUAUUUUUCUUUAGCAUAGUUUGAUUUACCUAGUCUCAUUCCUUUUGAUAACAGAGAAUUUAAAAAUGUGUGCUUUUCACAAAACCUAGAAAAAUUUUUUCCCAGAGCUGCCUAUUCAGAAAACAAAGCCCUCACUGUCAUAAUUCAUAUGAAGAUGAAAUUACUCUGGAGGUUUGGUAUAUUUUUACAUUCAAAUGAACUAAAGCAAAAUUUAGAAGAACUACACACAUGUAAAUACCAUAUUUUUGAUAAAAAUGUGUAAAUAGAUUUAUCGACGACGAGUGGACACGUGGCCAACUAUCUACCACACACCAACUGUUUAUAGAACACAACAAAUACAGUGUAAUAAUUGUAUUCUGUGAAUACCAUUUUCAUAUCAAAUACCAUAUUUAAAUGUCCACCAAUAUGAUUUCUGAGUGAUAAACCUCAAAUAUGACUUUUAAACUGGUGAAAUAAAGGAAAUCUUGAGGUCAUAUAGUGAAAUGUGAUUACUUUAAAACAAUGAAUUCAGACUUAACCAUUUUUGUGACAAAUUGCAGCACCACACAAACUACUGGUAACACAUGGCUGAUUCGCUGUGUGGUAAUCUGAACAGAAUUAAAAGCAUGCUUUUGAUUUAAAAAAACAAAAUUAGUGAGAGAAAUCAUCAUUUUCAAUACAAAGCCCUGAACAACAGCACUUGACAGUGUCCUUUUAACUUCAAUUUUUCAAUGGAUUGCUUUAAAGAGAAUAAGUAGGGAAAACAGUAGUUAAUUUUAGGUUACAUUUUAUAUUAUACUACUGGGGACAUAAAUAGUCAUAAUCUGAUGACUAUUAUCUUUAAACUCCUUCAACAGUUUAGCAAUUAGCUCCAGGUUCUUUAAUAAACAAAAAUAAAACAUAAGCAUGCCACAGAGCUGUGGAUUUAUCAGUAAGUACCUGCAAUGAGUUUUCAGUGACGCUUUCUCUCUGUGCUGACGAGAUUCAUGCUACCUAAAAAUUAACAGAAAUGACACUGUGAACAACGUAGUUGGGAAAUAGGUAUGUGUAUAUGCAUUAUUUAUAUUCACUGUUAAAUGGGAUUGGGGAGCAUCUCUGGUUCACAAUGCUACAUACAACUGAGUUUUUGUCUGAUUUUACUCUAUCUGCUUGAUGGCAAAAGGGGAGGGUGGUGGGUGGGACAAGAAAUGUCAGGGCAACUGCUCUGAUAAAAUGAAGGCAGGGAAACAAGCUGAAUUACUUGAAAUUACUUGAAUUUUCUUGUCUUAAAACUGAAAAAAAAAUGUAGUUACAAGUUGAAAUCUGCCAAUGGGUUAUACACCCGUGAUUUUAACAUGAACUGAUACUAAUGUUUGAGAUGAUAUGUCAGAAAUAUAAGCAGCUAUGAACUUGGAAUAUGUUUUGAAUGAGAGAAGGUAGAAAGUAGAGAACUAAGAAGGAAUAUGGCCUAUAAAAGAAUAGAAUGUGAUUAGAAUGAUAGAACAUACCAGAGUUACCAGGAAAUUGACAAGCAGCUGGUUUUAAGCUUAUGCAAGUGGUAUUUGGGAAAGUAGGAUGUGUGAAAGGGGGUUUGUGGUUUUGGUUUAAUUCAUGCAAUAUGAAGGAGAAAGCCUGGUCUAAGAAGAUGCUGUCUUUCAAUAGAAACACUUUAUAAGACAUUACAGAGUAAGAAUUACAGAAUCUGAUUGCUGUUGGGUUUCUGUUCGUUUCUUUGGAAAGAAAAAAAAAUAUCCAGUUUAUUCUAUUUGUUUUUGCUAUCAAAAUGUGUUUCUUAAUUUCUUGUCAUCCUUGUAUGUAAAAGGGGUGCUGGGGGUGGUGGGGUAGAGGAGGGAGAAUGUGUGUGUGUGAGUGUGUGAGUGUGUGUGUGUGUGUGUGUGAAUGUGUGAGUGUGUGUGUGUGUGUGUGUGUGUGCUUGUGCAGGGAUAGAUAAGCUACCUGGUAAAGGAUACAUUUGAACAUUUAUAAAGUGUUAUACUUUUUAUUAAAUGAAAAAUGUUUGGGGGUUUGGAAAAAAAUGGACCAUCAUUUCUCAUUGGAACCCAUUAGUUAAGAAAACCAGCAUGGUUUAACACCACAUGGGAACAUGAAUAACUUUUUUCUCAUGCUUUGAAAAGUACACUUGGCAAACUUUUAAAAAUAAAGUUUUUAGACAAAUGCGAUAAGAAGUCAUUUCCAGUCACAAUAGGUGAUCUUUUGUAAUUUUCAUAAAAGCAGUUCGUUUGCAGUAUGGCUUUUGUGUAAUUAGGGGUUUUUUAGUGUAAAGAAAGGUAUGUGGGCUUUAAAAGUGAUUCUAAAUCUUGAACAGAAAACACAAAUUGGCUUUAACAAAUAUGUCACCUUAUUAUUGAUAUUAAUUUAAGUAAUGGUACCAUAUAUAUUUUAAAAUACAUAUUGACUUGAAUUGUGAGGCAAUAAGAUAGCAUCUAUAUGUAAUGAUCACAGAACUAACCCUUAGAAUAUAGUUUUACUUAUUUUGUUUACUCUAAAAAUCUAUAGCAGAGUUUCUCUAUUUUAUAUUUCAUAGAUUAAAAAAAAACCCAGAUAAAGAUGGAUUUAAAAUUCACUGUGCAAAAGAGUAUUGAAUAACAAACUGAGUUUUAAAAAAAGCAAGAAAUUCCUUUGUAAUUUGGAAUAGUCUACAUGGCUUUAUCAUAUAGCAUAUAAGACCAAGAUUUAGAGGGCUGUCUUCAACAUCACUGCCAUCUUGAAGCAGGGUACACACAUUAGGUAUUGUGAGGAACAUCAACCCAAACUUUUCUUCUGUUGUUUGCACUGAUGCUAUUUUUUCUUCUUUUAUGUUAUACAACAUGUCUAUGUUGUGUGGGGGAGAUAUAUUUUCCUUAUUUUUUGAUUUUUUUCUUUUUUUUGGCUAAGUAGAGGACAUGGACUAGUUGUAGCAAACAAAAACACGCUGUUUGCUCUUGCCAAAGUUUAGUGAGAGAGUACAUAUGCUGCAGUGGUGGCAGACUUAGAGAACUAGAUCAUGACAAAGAUUUACAACUAUGAGGAAGGUUACAGUGUAACUCUUUUGGUACUAGAACCAGUUCAUGCUGGCCAAAAGACAAUGGUUUAUGGACUUGCCUCCAUUUUGUAUUUUUGUAAUAUUUGUAAAUAUGGACUUUUUAAAUUGUUGCAAAAAUGGUUUCUUUUGUAAGAUGUUUUCAACGUUUACAUUCAAUUCAAGCCUUUGUAUAUUUUAGAGCUGUGCAACACUUUAAGUCUUGUAUUUAUUUUUAGUAACAAUGGUGACAAUUUCAUUGUGAACCCCUCUCAAAAAAAUGUACCAGAAAAGUUUGAUUACCUAGAAAGUGUGUAUAGAAACUGCAAAUAAACGUGACUGCAAUUAAACAA